GGGGCCACUGAGGAGCAAGGACCCGGCCGUCGGCCUGCCUGGCAGCGGGCACCAGUGAAAUCCCACUCUCUGGCUGGAGACCCAGAUGGCCUCAAAUGAGAGAGAUGCUAUAUCGUGGUAUCAAAAGAAGAUUGGAGCAUAUGAUCAGCAGAUAUGGGAAAAGUCAAUCGAACAGACUCAGAUUAAGGGCUUCAAAAAUAAACCAAAAAAGAUGGGUCAUAUAAAACCAGACUUAAUUGAUGUUGACUUAAUCAGAGGCUCAACAUUUGCCAAAGCCAAACCUGAAAUUCCAUGGACAUCUCUGACUCGGAAGGGGCUUGUUCGAGUUGUGUUUUUUCCAUUGUUCAGCAGUUGGUGGAUUCAAGUUACCUCUUUAAGAAUCUUUGUUUGGCUGCUACUGCUUUACCUCAUGCAAGUUAUAGCGAUUGUGUUAUAUCUUAUGAUGCCUCUUGUGAACGUAAGUGAAGUACUUGGACCCUUGUGCCUUAUGCUACUCAUGGGAACUGUCCACUGUCAGAUUGUGUCUACUCAGAUAACAAGGCCUUCAGGAAACAAUGGCAAUCGGAGGAGGAGAAAAUUACGAAAAACUGUAAAUGGUGACGGGAGCCGAGAAAAUGGAAGCAGUAACUCCUCUGAGAAAGUCAGAGGAGUAGAAACUUUGGAAUCUGCACCCAUUAUGGGUGGUUUCUGGGGGACUCUCUUUGGCAGCAGGAUUAAAAAAGUAAAGUUGCUAUCUAACAAAGGGACUGAAACUGACAAUGACUCAUGUUGUCUCCAUCCUAUCAUUAAGAAGAGGCAGUGCCAACCAGACUUUAGAAUGUGGCAAACAAGAGAGAAAGGAAAAUUUUCAGAUGGAGAAAAGUGCCGUAGGGAGGCAUACAGGCGUUUGGGCAACGGAGUUUCAGAUGAGCUGUCCAGUGAGGACGACGGCGAGGCCCGGACACAGAUGACCCUGCUGCGAAGGAGUGUGGAAGGUGCUUCAAGUGACAAUAAUUGUGACGUCAAGAAUAGAAAAUCAGUACUCUCCAGGCAUCUAAACUCUCAGGUAAAGAAGACCACUACAAGGUGGUGUCAUAUAGUACGGGACUCAGACAGUGUGGCUGAAUCGGAAUUUGAAUCAGCAGCCUUCAGCCAGGGCUCUAGAUCUGGCAUGAGUGGUGGCUCUCGAAGCCUCAAUCUGUCAAGAAGAGACUCAGAAAGCACCCGCCAUGACUCAGAGACUGAGGAUAUGCUAUGGGAUGACCUACUGCAUGGCCCGGAGUGCCGGUCAUCUGUCACCAGUGACAGCGAGGGGAACCAUGUGAAUACCCUACACUCAGGGACCAAGCGUGACCCCAAAGAAGAUGUCUUUCAGCAGAACCAUUUAUUCUGGCUUCAGAACUCAAGUCCUGCCUCUGAUCGAGUUAGUGCAAUAAUCUGGGAAGGAAGUGAAUGCAAAAAGAUGGAUAUGUCUGUGUUGGAAAUAAGUGGUAUCAUCAUGAGCAGGGUCAAUGCAUAUCAGCAAGGAGUAGGUUAUCAGAUGCUGGGAAAUGUCGUCACCAUUGGAUUAGCAUUUUUUCCUUUUUUGCAUCGACUUUUCCGGGAGAAGAGCUUUGACCAACUAAAGUCCAUUUCUGCUGAGGAGAUCUUGACUCUCUUUUGUGGGGCUCCACCUGUUAUACCUAUUAUUAUUUUGUCUAUAAUUAAUUUUUUUGAAAGAUUGUGUCUUACGUGGAUGUUUUUUUUUAUGAUGUGUGUGGCAGAGAGAACAUAUAAACAGAGAUUUUUAUUUGCAAAACUCUUCAGUCAUAUCACUUCUGCCAGAAAAGCAAAGAAAUAUGAAAUACCUCAUUUCAGGCUUAAAAAGGUGGAGAACAUUAAAAUAUGGCUCUCACUGCGAUCCUACCUAAAGAGACGUGGUCCCCAGCGCUCAGUUGAUGUGGUUGUAUCUUCGGUCUUCUUACUGACACUCUCCAUUGCUUUCAUUUGUUGUGCCCAGGUUCUGCAAGGACAUAAAACUUUCCUGAAUGAUGCUUAUAACUGGGAGUUUUUGAUCUGGGAAACAGCUUUACUGCUUUUCUUACUACGCCUGGCCUCACUGGGAUCUGAAACCAAUAAGAAAUACAGCAAUGUUUCAGUAUUACUUACAGAGCAGAUUAAUUUAUAUCUUAAGAUGGAAAAAAAGCCAAAUAAGAAAGAACAGCUCACUCUAGUAAACAAUGUAUUAAAGCUGUCCACCAAGUUGUUAAAAGAGCUGGACACACCAUUUAGACUCUAUGGGCUGACGAUGAAUCCCUUAAUCUACAAUAUCACAAGAGUGGUUAUUCUUUCUGCUGUCUCAGGAGUUAUAAGUGAUCUUCUAGGAUUUAAUAUAAGACUGUGGAAAAUUAAGUCAUAAGCUGAGUCGUGCGCCUGGAUCCCGCCCCUGGCUGGCCCGGCGCUGACCUUUAAGGAGCGAGAUGGCCACAGACCGCAUGAGCCCCGCCUGCCGUGUGCCGCUUCACAUGCAGAGGUGCUCUCAGCUCUGUCGGAGCUGACGGACGCUGUUCUCAGAGGAGCGACCCUUCCCCGGGGUGUGCGUGCUAAAACCCGGGUUCAAACAGCACGCGUCGUAGCAGACUAAGGACUGUCUGUGUUACAGGGACACGAGGACAGUUUUGUAAGGGAGUUUAUUCUGGGCACUUUAGAACUGUGACCGUUACAUUUACUGGACUAGGCUUUUUGGAUAAAGAUGGCAGAUGCCCACAGCAUGAAGCAAGUAUCUUUUUACUGGAAAUAUGGAAAUUCAUUCAGCACUUUUCUAUUACACUCUAUGAAAUUGGAGAUUUCUCUAUCAAAGAGAGUCAAACUAUUUUAGGUUGAACCCAAAUAAAAGAAGAACUUUACUGGAGAGUUUCAGUUUCUAGGCUAUUUUAUUUUGGCUGAAGGGAAAAAAUCUUUUCAAGCUGUCGUUUUUGGUUCAGCUGUGGAAAAAUCUUUAAUGAGCUAAUUCUAAUAAGUACAAUUGCUGGUAAGUCAUGCAUAUAAUAACCUCAGUAAUUCACCCAGAGAAAUGUAAGUGUACGUUUCCUACUCUGUGUCCAUCAUACGAUGUGGUUUCCAUGUUAAUAGUUUUAUCUGUCAUGCAACUUGAUGUAUCCAACCCUCAGUGCAGUUUCAGGUCCCCAGUAUCCGUAGUUAUCCAAGCCACUGGGCCUUUGGCGAUAUAGGUUCUCUUCUCAGCAUCUCCUGUUACAGAUGCACACGUGUCCGUAUGCUAAUGCAAGCCCCCACAUUCUCACUCAUUAAGUUACCCGCUUUGAAGGAUCUCGGGAGGCAAACUGAAAGCCUGAACAUUUUAAUUACAAGGUUUUGUGAAACCUGCUUUGUACUUGUGAAGCACCUGUUCGUUUAAGAUCAUUAUAUUGGUAGUACAUAUUCUGUAUGCAGAAAGAUUUGUAAGGCUUACAUAUCAAGCUUUACGUCUAGGGAUUGAGAUCAGACCUUUCUGGGUUCAAAUCCUUGGCCUUGCCACUUACUAACUUCCUAAUCUGGGACAAAUGAACAUCUUUGCAUUUCAGUUUCACCUAUUAAAAAAGGGAUAAAAUCUACCUAAUCAGGUUGAGAUUAUCAUGUAAGCUGCGUAGUACUUAAGUGUAUGUAAGCACGUAGUGAAUCCUCGAUAAACAUGUUAUUACUACUUAAAAGUCCCUUUAAAAUCUCUAACCCUGAAGAUAUAAACAUAGGAAGCAAGGUCGCUGACCCAAGUGGAUCAGAGGCGGCUUUUCUAAAUGCCGUGUGGGACAUGACAGUGACGCACCUGUACAAAGACCUGUUUAGUAGCGGUGUUUCAGAGUCUCAUAGAAACCCUAGUUUUACUAUUCCAGUUAGGAACAGUAGCACCUGUCUCAAAUACAAGAUUGAGCUCAGGGCAGAUUUCAGAUGGAGAAAGCGGAUGCCUUUGUCUAUUUCUCUUGGCAAAAUAAAGCUGUUGUAUUUUUAUCUGCUACUUUUGCACAGCAAAUUGCAGUAGGUGCUCUUCAGCUACAGUUUUGCUGGUGUAUAGUCGGUUUAAAUUAUUUUUCACCUGGGUAAAAUCCAGUGUAAAUGAGGUUGAUGAUUUCAGAAACGUGGGGGGAUCACUUGACUCCUUAUUCAUAGCCCGCAUCCCGUCAGUCACCAGGUCUGUGGAUACCUUCUAGGUGUUUUCUCAUCAGUCCACUCUUCUCUGUCCCACUGCCACCAACCUUGCCUAAACUGACCUCGUUUGUUUUUUGAACAAGUUUCUGAUGCUUCUGUUCUUACAUAUCGCUUUCCCUUCCCCAAGAACAACCCAUUCUUCUCAAGGGCAUGUGUCAUAAGUUUUGUCAUUGAGAGCCCAUUAAUACUUAACUUGUUUUGAAGAUAAACUGGAAUCCUUUUAGCAAGGUGCAUAGGCCCACCUUGUUGAGUAGUAGUUCUGGAACUUGACAUAUAAAAAUACCUCCACGACAUGUAAAAGUCUAGGUUUAAAGACGUAGCCAUUUCAUUGUUCCUUGGGUUGUGUUCUAAGUUUGCCUCACUUUUUUCACUUAGUUUUUUUUUUUUUUUUAAACUUUGGCUGCUUCUAAGAUUUUUAUCUUUACCAUAAAAUUUGUGGAAAUUAUGUGUAUUGUGCACUGGUAUAGUUUUUGUCAUGAGUGUUUUGUUUUUUCUUAUUGAAUCUAUGGAUUUAUAACUUGCAUGUUUUGUAUUUUCACAUUGUCAAGUGAGAAAAACACUGACAUUCCUUAAAAUAAUUUUUUACAUUGGGCCCCACUACAUAGAACUUGAAUUUACAUGCAUAUUAAGCUGCUUACAGUUAACCUGCUCACUGGUGUUUUUCUAGUCUCCUUUAUAAUUUUGGAAGGUUUCCUUUGUUGUACCUUUAAGUAAGUUUGUUUAACGUUUUUCUUUCUUUUCUGAGGCCACAUUUUCAUGCUUUUACAUGCUAAUGAUUUUGUAUUUAUGAAGUUUACAUUUUGGGCAUUAGGUCUUGUGUCUUUUUGUAAUCAUUUAAAUGUUCUUGAGCUUUAUUUGGAAAGCUUGCUUUCAAGCUUUGGUUAGGUGGGUCAGAGGGGUCUUAAGUUUGGGGCCGCUUUUCUGCACUGUGAAGCAGCAGAUUUGUGUACUGAAUCGUACCUGCUGCUUUAUUGCCUGGGGCUUUUCAUCUCCGGCUGUGGGAGCAUGAGCUACUCCCAGCCCUGUGUGAAACUCAUUUUCUGCCUCCUCCUGUUCUUGGCUGUUUGUGCCUUUGCUUGGGCUCAUCAGGCUCAGCUGAGGCUUCCAAGGAGCCUCUCCGCAGCUCUCCCCUCUGUGUAGUGCAUUUUCUUUGGUACUCUGCUCUGCCAAUUCUAGCCACCCUGGCCCAAAUGCUCAGUUCUGUCCUUUCAGCUCAGUAGACUGCUUGGUUCUGUUGGGUUUUCCUUUCCUACAGCAGUGUAGAAACUGCCUCAAAAGUCAUCUGGGACAGUACCAAGGCUGCCUGUUUAACUCUACUGUCCUUUGUUGCUUGUUGCCCUCUAAUAUCCUUUAAAGAUGCUUUUUCAUUCUUUUUAAGGUGGGAAAGUAAAUGUUUUCCCUACCCUAGUAACUACCAAUAACUUUACCCAGCUGCUCAAAGCAAAGGCGCCAAAGUUUUUUUUUUGUUUGUAUGUCUUUGAGAAAGGUCUUACCGUGUAGCUCUGGCUGGACUAAAACUUGUUUUUUUUGGUAUUGGGGCUUGAACUCCGGACCUUAAGCUUUUGGAGCAGGGAGCGGAACCACUGAGCUAAAUCCCCAGCCCAUGGACUAAAACUUGUGUUCCUCCUACCUCAGC